UUUUUACACACUAACUUCAAAAAUACCUUGACUGCGAAGACUGUCAAGACUUUCCACACCAGAAGGUGGCACUGUCCGUGUCGCUUUAUUUCUUCAACAUUUCCCGCCAAACACUUCUCAUGUUGCUGCAAUGGCGACCCGAGCCAAAUCAGGUCGUGGUCGGAAGCGCAAGGCUGAUGUAGAUUCAGAAGCAGCUGCAGUGGAGGAGAAGAUAGAAAAGCUUGAUGGCGUAGAGAAAAAAGAUGAAGAAACAGGACAAAGGGUCGUCAUCGAGCAUUGUAAAAGCUGACGGGUUUACGGGCGGAAUGCGGAAGGUGUGCGUGAGGCACUUGCGGCUUCCCACCCUGAUCUUCAGGUGGUACUCAAUCCACAGAAACCUCGGCGGAACAGCUUUGAGGUCACGCUGAUGGAGGGAGACAAAGAGAUUGUUUUGUGGUCUGGCAUUAAGAAGGGUCCUCCACGCAAACUGAAGUUUCCCGAUCCUGCUGAAGUGGUGUCUGCCCUGAAAAAAGCGCUAAAGAGCGAGUAGAGGUUAUAAGGAGACCGUCAGUCGUCUUUGUUCCUGGACAUUGGAUGCAUAAUGAUGUUAAUGGACUAAUGGGAAAAUUUCCCCGUCUGUUUUCUGAUGAGCAGCUCUGUUGUUCUGGACUGGAUAAUUGACCUUGCCUUGUUUCUUCUGUUAAGCUUUCAAACUCUUAAUGUUCUGUUUUGCUAUUACCUGUCUCUACUCUGUCAAUGUAUGACAAAUCACUUUUUUUUUUUUUUUUUACUGCUUGAAUACUAAUAAAGCUAGCAUGAUCUCCCUUUAAUCUGCAUCAUCAUUAUGCUAAUCAGUGUGGGGGAAAGUUACAAUAUUGUGUUACUCCCCAAAAAAUUAACUUUUUGCAUUACUUUUUAUUAAAAAAUAAUGAAUUGCA